UGAUUUCACGAUUUGUAAUCGUAACUGUAGACCUACUAUCUUCUUGACUAUAUGAGUCUGACAUCGUUCAACAAAGAGACUUUGAACAUCGGUGGUCUUCCUGUACAAGUUUACUCAGCUUGGAGUACUAGUUUGGACCUCAGCAAACCGGUCUUCGUCUUAUUCUUUCUUCAUGGGCGCAGUGGGAAGGCGGAUCACGUAGAACCAGUUAUUAAGUCUGUUUACGAUGAUAUUGUGGGCUCUGCAAAAGUCCUUGACCAAGAUUUGGUGAUCGUCACUUUUGACCAUCGGAACCAUGGCGGUAGACUGAUCGACGAAAUGGCAAAUCAAGGUUGGAACGAAGACGAGUCGAAAUCCAAUAUUCGCCACGGAAUUGACAUGUUCGCCAUACAAGAUGGGUCUGCAAGAGACGUGUCUUUCCUGGUUGAUUAUCUCCCGGCUUAUUUAUAUCCAGAAUCUGAGCGAAAGAUAUCUGGAUGGGGAUUAGCAGGAAUUAGUUUGGGAGGACACUCGACGUGGACAGCACUUGCCAAAGAGCCCAGAAUCCAGGUCGGAAUCCCUAUCAUUGGGUGUCCCGAUUAUCUAUCACUGAUAUCUGAGCGAGCUGCGAAAUUCGGGAUUUCGGUGGACUCGGCGUCCAGGCACUUUCCAGAGAGUUUGCUAAAGCUCAUUAAGGAAGGAUCACCUCCGUCGACGCCUUAUCUAGCGCAAGAUGCCUCAAACCCAUUUCUCGGUAAAAAGGUUUUGGUCUUAUCCGGAGGUGCUGACCCUCUGGUGCCAUGGAACGCGAGCCAGAACUUCGUCGAAGGCCUUGAAGUUGGUAUUGAUGGAUAUAAGAAGGUUGUUGUUCAGCCCGACACAGGGCAUAAAGUUACGGCGGAGAUGAUAGCAGAAAUGUCGGAAUUCUUGCGAGGAGUUGUGCUGAGAGCCUGAGAUGCGCGCUUGUUUUAAUAUGCUGUACUGAGUACUGAUUAGUCAUCCAACCGAGAAUCGAAUUUGCAGUAUGUUUAUUCAACGCUUA